GAGAACAUCAGCUACUAUAUCCUUGCAUUCAGUGCAAAAGAGAUAAACGUCACAUCAGCGGGCCCUCAAGUGAACUAUACAGUCACAAACCUCACAAGUGGGACUAAAUACAACUUCACUGUCUUCACUGUGUUAGGAAAUGUCAGAAGCAGUGGAGCAAAUGUCAAUGCAUUCACAGCUCCUGAAAAUGUUAAGGACUUAAAGGUUUUGACACAAAAUGAGACCAGUAUAACUCUGCAGUGGAACAAGGUUAACAUGUCAACAUACCUCCUACAAUAUGAUUUCAAUGGCAGUAACAGAGUGACGAAUAUCAGUACAUCUUCUGAAAACACAUCAGUACAACAUGUGGUCUCUCCGCUGACGGCUGGGAAACAAUAUAAUUUCAUGGUCAUUACUGUGUUUAAGGAAGUCAACAGCACUGGAGACAGCAUUUUGGCAGAGACGGUUCCAACAAAGGUGCCCUUGGUCAACGUGACAGAACGUUCUUUGACCAGCAUAACUCUGGAGUGGGAGAAUGUGGAUAAAGGCUGGAGCUACGCGCUUCAAAUUAAUGACAGUGAUAAAGUAGUUAUCAAAGAUGAAUCUUCAUAUAUUGUGUCACAUUCAGUCACAUCUCUCCAGCCUGGAACAGCAUACAAAUUCAGUGUGAUCACAAUGUUUCAUAAACACAACAGUACUGCUUAUGAAGGCCUCACAGUAACAGCCAUUGACUGUACCAGUGUAACAUGGCAUGUUACUAACUCAUCAAUCCAAGGAAUGGUUGAAGGCUUGUUCUCAAAUGCAACUGCAUCUAAUGUAUCGCAAACCCACGUCAGUCCCGGGGGAAGAAACGUGUCCUUUACUGGCCUUUACCCUGGUGCAACCUAUGAGGUGUCUCUUGUCUAUGAAAGAUAUGAACAGUGCCGCCACAGUCUAACUAUCUCCCCUCCAGAUUUACAAGCUCGCUGUGACUACAUGGCAUCUGGCUAUUCUGUCCUCAUCGUCUGGAAUAAACCAGAUGGUGUGUGGACUGAGAUAGAGGUGAAUGUGACUGGGAAGACUUAUACAGUAUCUGAAAAAGGGGAACAGCAAAUCAGCAUAUCUGGAUUUCUACCUGCCAAAACGUAUGAAGUGUCUAUAGGUUCACUGUCUGGGACUGUAAGGAGUUAUGAACCUUAUGUUUUUUCCUGUUCUACUGAUCCAAGGGGUGAGUUUGAAAUGAACAUAUUACUCUGUGGAAAUUCUAUAUCAGUGUGUUUCCUGAUGUUAAAUUGUAACAAUAUAUUUUCAUCAUUAUGUCCUGUUUGGCAUUGCUUAUGACUUGCUUUUUUGGUUUUGGUUCUUUGAAUUGCUACGUUUCCCCCCCUACAUUACAAAAUUCACCCUCAUGGGAAAGUAAAGAUCAUGUGUGUUAGGGAAACGCUCGACACAAGGGUGAGCGAGCGGAGAAAACAGCAGACCCAGGCGGCUGGCUUCGGUGCAAGCAAAGAUUUAUUUACAGUGUUUAAGUAGUGCAUCAAUAUAUACAAAGUGAAGUGGUGAAUAUAACCGGGUGUCGACCAGCAGUAGCAGGAGUUAUGGUACGUGGAGUGAUGAUGGACCGGGCUGCAGGGGUAGGAAUCACUCCUGGGCUGGUCGGGCAGGAGAUCCGGUUGACUGAGGAGGUAAUAGGAGAGAUACAGUUAAAUUGGAGACUGUGCAUCGACCUGUGAUGGUGGUGGCUGGUGGAGCUGAGGGUGCCAGGAUCCAGAGGAGAGGUCCAAACGUAGAAGGAAGCAGUGAACACACAAACAUACGUAGAAUAACGGAAUAAACAAGAAAGAGCGAUAACCCUAGGGAGGUCUGACAACCUAGAAGGAACUAGCAGGGGAGUGAUGGGUGAGCAAAGUAUAAAUGAGGAGUGAGACAAAGAGGU